AUGAUUCCGAAAAACAACAACAUCAUUAAAAUGUCCGGCCUCUCCAACAACCAGUCGGGCCAAUCCGGCCAAUCGGCCCAGGUUAACGACGACAAACACAAGCAUCACCGCCGCCACAAAUCCCGAAAGAAGGAUCCUGAUUCUCUCGGUCCCAGCUUUUCCAAGGAAUCCCUGGUCACGAAAGACUAUGAUGGUGGUGUUCAAAGAUUCGCCUCCGACCCAAGCUACAUGAGCGGCAUCAGCAAGAAGAUUAUGGAGCUGGAGCGCGAAAAGGACCAGCUGAUUCUGGUGAACCCGCAGCACAAGAGGAGGUACAAGAAGAUCAACGACGAGAUCGAGGAGCUCAACCAGAAGCGCUUCCACAUUGCCACCCCGAAGAAGAUGCGCAGCGUCAGCUCGUUUGACUACCCGCCGGCGUUGAGCAAUCCGGCUACGAUGCCUCCGGGCGACGAGAUCACGGCUCGUGAGGAACCGCAGAGCGAGCUGGCCCAUCUGAAGUUGCUCGUCAACCAGAUGGACAGCCACCUGAAGACGCUCAGGGUCUGCAAGGAGAACAUCGACGCGUUCGGGCGCAACCUGCGCAAACGUAUGGACCAGAUGGACACGAAGGAGAAGAAGGCGAGGGAGUGGAUGAGCCAUCGGGUUGAUGAGAGGCUGACGGUCAUCGGCGCCAUGCAGCGCGAUGGGGAGGCGCUUGCGUUGCGUGAGGCGCCCAUGUUAGCACAGAUCCAGCUUUUGCAAAGGGAACGCAUCGAUUGCGAAGACCUGGGCCUCUGCACGAUGUCCGGCUUUUUUGCUGACAACUUGAGCACCUACAUGCUGGCCAAAUGGCUGUGGUCCGGGCUGCUGUCGCUGUUCUACGUGCUCGCGCUGCUCAGGGAUCGUUUCUACGAGAAGAUCCACCCGACCCCCGCCAAUUCGCUUGCCUCCACGCCGGUGAUGACCGCCCAGCCGCACAGUGACAUGGACCGCACCCAGCGCUCCACCGCCUCCAACCGAUCCUCCGCUUCAAAACGC